GAGGGUGUAAUCACAAGAGAGAUGGUAGAAAUGCUUUUUUCAGAAGACCCUGAACAGCAGCUAGCAACUACCCAGAAGUUCAGAAAAUUGUUGUCAAAAGAGCCUAAUCCACCAAUUGAUGAGGUCAUCAAUACACCAGGUGUUGUGGAUAGGUUUGUAGAAUUCUUAAAGAAAAGUGAAAACUGCACAUUGCAGUUUGAAGCAGCAUGGGCAUUGACAAAUAUUGCAUCAGGAACGUCACAGCAAACAAAAAUUGUUAUUGAAGCAGGAGCAGUACCAGUUUUUAUAGAGCUGCUCAAUUCUGAUUUUGAGGAUGUACAGGAGCAG